AUGAGCGGCGUCGCUGCACUCGACGGCGUUGACGAUCGUGAUGUUCCGAAAAUGGAGCUCCUCGCCGCCGCGUUCAACUCCGACACCGCCAAGGUUUUCUUUGUUCAUUUAUAUAUUUUUCAAAAAAAAAAUAAAUCGUUGAAACGCUUAUUUUAGUUACGUAAUUUGUCUCCGAAAUUUUUUUCAUUUUCUAUAACGAUUAAUUCCUUUCUGGUCAGAGCGCUUUUAGAAUAUUAAUAUUGUAUAACUUUUUUUCCGGCAAUCACCGGAAAAAAAUUAAAUCCAGAAAAAUUAAUUUUAUUUAUAAUAAACAUUCAAUCUCGCUUUUUGCGCGUCGCUUUUCAUGCAUCGCGUGCAUUGCGUACAACAUAUUAUAAUUUACGCCGUUGUGGUGGGUGUGGCGUCGAUUUGUUUUCGACAUGACUUUUAAACUAACAAAGAACAUUUUUAUGAACUUUCAAUGCUCGUACCUUUCCGACAGUAUCUUUAGUGUUAUAAAUUCAUGAAUAAUGCUCGAUUCUGUUUUUUGUAAAGGUUAAAAAAUCUAAACAGAAAUCAAGGCUUAUGUUUUAAAAGUGCAUAAACGGAAACAGUAAAAGUAAGAAAAUAUUUCCACAGUUGAAGUUUCAAAACUUGAAAAUGAGAAGAUUGCCGAGCUUCUGAGAACCGGCGUACACGUUGACGCGACAGACGACGACGGGGUCACGGCUCUUCAAAUCGCCGCGUCAAAUGGAAACAAUUCUUUGGUAGCGAAGUGUUGCGUGGCUAUUCCCAAGUUGUGCAGGUGGUUUUUCUGCUGGAGAGGGAGGCCGAGAUCGACUCGUGCAAUCAACUCGGCAUGACUCCUUUCCACCACGCUGCGCGCGAAGGCAAGCUCAACGUCAUCGACACUCUUCUGCAGCGUGGCGCCGCUUUCAAUAAGCAAACGUUAGUUUAUCACAUUCGAAUUUGGUUUUUUAAAAAAAUUCGAAUAUUCUCUGAAAAAUGUGUUUCAGCCUCUAUUCGUAUAGUGCCACUGAUUUUUGAAUAUUUUGUCUUUUCAAAAGAAAAACUUCUUUUGACACUGUAAUUAGGUACUUCACAGUGGUUCCUGUUGGGGUUAGGGAGAAAACGGUACCUUUAGGGGCCGAAAAGUGGUCCCUAUAGGGGUGAAAUCAAGGUGGUCUCUAGGGAGGUUCAGUAUCGAACCUCUUAGCCCCUCAAGCUUAAGUGAUCCCUGUAGGGUUAUUUCAAUUUUAAUCAGAAGCGGCUCAAUUGUUUAGUUUUUUGAUAAUGCUUCUUAGCAUAGUGUUUAUAACAAUCAUCGGCUGGCAUGUUCCCUAUAGGGGCUACUAGCUAAAACCCUGCAUAAUAGGUAUCUCGGAGCGAACGCUCUGACGUUGGCAGCGGCCGGCGGCCACACCGACGUCGUCAAGAAACUUCUCGCCAUCGGAGUCGAAGCCUCUCCGCGCAACCGCUCACUCGCCCCGACACCACUCAUCGCAGCGACGGCUUCUCGCAACUCGCAGAUAUGCGGAAUCCUCACGCAACGGUAGCUCGAAUCGUCGACUUGUAAACGGUUCAUUAGAGGUGCUCCGAUCGACGAAAUCAAAGAGGCGUUGAUGGGUCUCUCGGCGCUUUCAACGGCGAUCGUCUGUACACCGGGAUCCUACAUGGUCUCCUCUCUUCUCGAUCUUGGCGCCAAUCCGGACAAAAAGUGAGAGACUUCUUCUUUUCCUAUUAUCGAGAACUCUAGGUCGCUCUGGCGCAAGUCAGCGAUUGAGCUCGCCAAAGCAUUCAAAAGGAUCGACGUGGUCAAUUUGCUGUUUGAAAAACGCACCAGACAUAGAGGUUUGCAAAAAAAGAAGUUGAGUCAAUCUCCAAAAUUGUGACGUCUUAGAAUGGUGAAUAACUCGGAUACAAGAUCUAUUGCGAAUAAUUUUUUUCUGGGUUCAAGAGGUCCUGAAGUACACUUUUUCGUCAAAAGCUCAGCCAGGGGGUUCCCAAGUUAGUAAAGGGGAAGGAGGAACGUUCCCAAGUUAGUAAAGGGGAAGGAGGAACGUUCCCUAGUUAGUAAAGGGGAAGGAGGAACGUUCCCAAGUUAGUAAAGGGAAGGAGGAACGUUCCCUAGUUAGUAAAGGGGGGGGGGGCGUUCCCUAGUUAGUAAAUUGGAAAAUCAGUUUUAUCUGAUCAAGUUUUUCAGUCCACAAAUAAAACCAGUUAGAAUGUCGUAAAAAGGAAUAUUUUGGAAAGAAAAUUAGUAGAUUCUACUGUUUAUUUUGAAGUCUCAGAGCCCAGCGGGAAUCCGCAGAUCCGACAGUCCAUCUUUGAGGACAAGUUGGACUCUGUCGGCAACGUCAUCCAUCUGGACCAGCCAUCGCCUGACGGCUGCACAUUCCUCAUGUUUGCCACCACGGUCCGGAGUCUCUCCUCCGUAAUGAACUGUUCGUGGAAUACGAUUAUUUUCUUUCUUUUUAGAUGAGAAGGCUCCUGGAUCUUCGUGUAGAUGUCAACUCUCGAGACGCCAUGCACAUCAACGCGCUUCAGAUUUCUUGUUUGUUGCGGUAAAUCUUGCAAGUUUUCUUCUUUAAUCCAUUCUUCUCAGUUUCGAUGAAGGAUCUCUGCUGUUACUGGCUCACGGAAGUCCGACUGUCGAAGUCAAUCGCUACUCUCUCACUGCUUACGACCUUUUCAUGCUUUCCAACGGUUUCAUUCCACGUUUCUAUAGUCUUUAUGCCACGACUUGGAAUUUCACCGAACGACAUUCCGCUGUUCCGCUGCGUGCGUUCGCGAAGCGUUUUCCGAAUGUAGGUCACGCUUUCAAUUGAUUGUUAUUGCUGUAUGAGCACAUGAAAGUAGAGUACCUUAAUAAAAGAAAAAAAAAUUAAAAGCACGACCAAGGACAGCGGAAUGUCGUUCCGUGAAAUUCCAAUUCGUGGUACACAGGCUAUAUAAACGGGUCAACCAAACUUCCUUCAGAAAGCUCGGAAUCUGCACUACGCAAGCAGUUGAACCCCUACAGAGCGCACCCUCCGGAACUGAGACUUUCAUUGAGCCAUUCUUCCUCAACUCUUCCCAAGGUUUUUGUCUGCAAGGUUCCUUCUGAUUUUUUUUUUCUUUUGAAGGAAUGGCUAUCUCGCGUUUCAUGGCCAAUCGGUUUGAUUUCCAAUGAUCGGAGUAGUGACGGAAGUCGCAUAGAAACGAAACAGUGGCUGGAUGCGUUUUCGAAGUGGCAUCCAUCAAAAGAGCGGAAUCCAUCGGUAUGCCCCCAGAACGACAAAAUAAUAAUGAAGAAAUUCAGAGACUAGUGUUGGUUGACGACGUUCUGCGAGGAACCAAAACAUUGAGGAUUCCUGAGAGAAAUGAUCUGGACGCCGUGACUGACACUAUGCGUGGCAUGAUCGAGGUUUAUUUUUUGUUUUACCGCUUUCUGAAGAAUAAUUUGUCUCAUUUGUCUACGAAUCAAAUUCGAAGUUCUAGUAUAGUCUGUGUGCCACGACUUGAAAUUUCACCGAACGACAUUCCGCUGUUCCGCUGCGUGCGUUUGCGAAGCGUCUUUCGCAUUAGGUCACGCUUUCAAUUAUUUGUUAUUGCUUUGGUAGCACAGGAAAGUAGACCUUAAUAAAAGAAAAAAAAAAAUUAAAAGCGCGACCAAGGCUCAUAAAGGCGCGCAGCGGAACACCGGAAUGUCGUUCGGUGAAAUUCCAAGCCGUGGCCCACAGACUAUAUACCAAUAGAUUCUGAGAACUUGAGUAAAAGAAGUUUACCAACGACCGAAUAAAAGUUUUUUUUGGAGUAAUCUCAUGUAAAUUUGUAAAAGAAGGUUUUCAAAUGGUUUUCGACUUUUCGAAAUCUCUACUCUUUAAUUUCACUUGUUCCAGGACGCACAUUCCUUUCUGUGUCCUAGCUUUUUCGACGCCUACGGCCUAAAAGAAGACUUGAAAAAAGGACAGGAAGAACUUCUCGUCUAUCACAAGCAUUACGACAUUGCCCAAUAUCAUGCCCAUACAUCCGUAAGUCCCCAACUCGUUAUCCUUUCGAAGAAAAAUACAGUGGCCGCGUAGGGAUACCAGUCGAAUCGGCGAUGGAAUCCCCGGAACUCUUUGGUUUUGCACCGAAGAGAAGGAUCCGAUACGACAGGUGCUUGAUGUCCAAACUUCAAAACUCAUUUCUGGCAUGUAGUUGAGCGGAGGAAGCCACGUACUAUCGCCUCUGUGGAGCUGCCAUCGCAGAACCAGAUGCGAACGACGCCAAGGAUGCUGAAGAAGUCGCGGGAGUCGAUGAUUGUGGACGAGUCGAGUCGUCUCUACCGCAGGUGUGUGUGUGCUGAGUCGCGUAGGACACGCCGUUCAGGUCUACGUCUGCCGCCCAGCUCGUCCAGAUCCCCACGAUUCUCUCGGCGGCUCCUCUCCGCGCUCGGCCUGUCGGCGUCCCUGUCACUGAAGGUCAUCUGGCCGCUUUUCACUGUCCAUCCGUUAAUUUCAGAGCAAAUUUGGCAAACAAUGUGCAAAUACGGACUGAAGGAAUAUGUUUCCGUAUUGCAAGACGAAGAGAUUGACAAACAGGUAACUUUUGCAAUUUCAAAUACUAAUCCUUGUAGUUUUUCCAUCUCUCAAGACAAAAGAUGGAUCAUAGACAAGUUUCAGUGAGUCUAAUGAAGAAAGUGUUCUUGGGAGAUUUUUUUUUACUCGACUGCCAACUUAGGAACUCCAGAGUGAUCACUAUAGGGGCAACUUUGGAGACCCUUGGGGGUCCCUCUAGGGACUAUUUACCAACCCUAUAGGGGCCACUAGGAAUUGCAAAAGUGGCCCCUAUAGGGGACAUGCGAUUCGAUAAUUGUUAUAAACUCUGAGCAAAAAAGCAUUUCGAUGGGGCAAACCAAAUAAAUAAGCGUUUCUUUAAAUUAAACUGAAUGACCACCAUAGGGUCCACUUGAGUAUUAAGAGCUAAGGGGUCAGACCUUAAACCCCUAUAGAGACCACUUUUUUGGGUUUUUUUUCCUCCUAACUUCUAUAGGGACCACUCCGAAAAAAUAUAUAAACAAAUUUUUUUUUGCUCGACUCAUCUCGCAAACAGUAGAAAAAGAGCCUAUUCAAAAAUUUUCAGGUUUUCUUCUCAUUGACGGACGAAGACUUCAAGAACCUCGGUAUAAGAAAUUCGAAGCAUCGUGCCGUCAUCGUUGAAAUCCAAAAAGCCCUUCUGAACACUUCCUAG